AUGAAAGAUGACCUAGGACAAUUAGAUGUCUCCACAGAGAACAAACACAAACAGAUUGAAAGCCUGGCUGUACAUGUGGGAAAACAUAUAAAUAGUAUGGAUAAUGGAUUUGUAAAUGAAGUAUUUAACCAGCAGAAGGUAUUUAGUUCUGAAAAGUUUAACAUGAAGAGUGAUUUAAUUAAUAAACCAGUUGACAGAUUCCACUGCAGUCAAGAUACCUGCUUUAGUAAUGUGGACAAAAGUACAGUUGAUCACUUGACAUAUACUCUUAAAGAAAGUGAGAAUGUAGUUCUUGAAGUCAAAAUGCAGCCACAAGAUUGUGACGAGGACUUUGGAAAACAUCAGGGAUUACCAGAACAGACUACUUCAGAAGAAUCAACAUGUGCAUAUUUACCUCAGCUGCAAUUGCAUUCCUACAAUAUCCAUUGUCCAUCUUCCUUAAUGACACAGCAUGGAAAUUCUGAGUUAUCUCUUGAUACCAACUCUUCUAAUGGAGCAGUUAAUACAAAUAUUGAAAUGAUACCAGUACUGAGGCCAUCAUUAACUUCAGCUGCAGGUGCAAAUAAUUGUGUUUCUUGUGACCAAAUUAAAGAAAUUAUUAAUAGUUCUGUAUCAUCAGAAGUCCUACCAGCUUGUUCUGGUGAAUCUUGUAAUGGUAUCCGCACUUUACCUCAGGAUACUGCUUCUUUCUGUGAUGAACUUGCAGAGAUGAGAGAAGCAGUCGUCAGCAUUAUGGCUAAUAAUUCAGAUGAAUUAGUGGGUCAAAGUUCAAAUGGUGGUGAAACCAGACACAACUUACCUGUUUCCCAAAAUGCAGUGGAGGAACCCAGCUGUUCACAAAGAAAUUAUUCCAGUCCUCAAGUGGUUAUCUUCCAGCUGAAGGGUGGUGCUCAUAUACUCUGUGUGAACAAUACUGACACAAUGAAAACAGUUCAUUUUGUCCCCCAAGAUCAGCAUAAAUAUCUUCAGUCAGGUAUCAGGAUUUUGAAAUAUUUCAAUGAAAUAAGCAUUUUCUUAUUAGAUUCAACUAACUCUGUGGCAUCUGUACUGGGGCAGUUUUUACCAGUAGGAGGGAAGCUGAAUACCUAUGCACAAGAGCUUGAUCAUGGAUCAUUACAUAUAUGUCAUUCAGAUUCAUAUGCUCAAGAGCCAACAAAACUGACUCUGGUUGGGUUGCCUUUCUGUUCCUGGGAUACAAAGUCUAAAAAGCCAUGCAACUGUACUAAAUCACAGUGUCUCAAGUUAUACUGUGAUUGUUUUGCCAGUGGUGAUUUCUGCAGUAACUGCAACUGCAAUAAUUGUUAUAACAAUCCACAGCAUGAAAUAGAACGGUUUAAAGCAAUUAAGAUCCUCCAGGCUUGUCUUGACAGAAACCCAGAAGCUUUCCUGCCGAAAAUUGGAAAAGGGAAAACAGGGGAUAUUAAACCUCGACAUAAUAAAGGAUGUAACUGUAAGCGUUCAGGGUGCCUGAAGAACUAUUGUGAAUGCUUUGAGGCUAAAAUUAUGUGUUCUUCUAUCUGCAAAUGUGUUGGCUGCAAAAAUUAUGAAGAAAGCCCCGAUCGAAAAACACUAAUGAAUAUGCCAAACCAUAUGGAGAUUAGAAGUAAUGAGGAAAAUGAAUCUGUAUCAUUUUCUACCUCCGAAAUAUUAGCAAAAACCAGAAAUGACAGUAGGCAGUCUAACACAUGUAUAUCAUGGGAAGUGGUUGAGGCAACAUGUGCCUGUCUCCUGGCUCAAGCUGAAGAGGCAGAAAAAGAAUCUUACUCUGUUUGCCUAGCUGAACAAAUGAUCUUAGAAGAAUUUGGGAGAUGCUUAUCACAGAUUCUACACUCUGAAUUUAAAUCCAAAGGGCUAAAAGUUGAAUAA